CAUUUCCCAUGGGCCGUAGCGCGGCAUCUUUCUGUCACAUGACUUGUAGUGACGUCACGUGUUUUUCGACAUGGCCGCCUCCGUCUCGAGUGAAGAUCUGAUCAACCUGCAGCUUCUGUUAAAGGCUCCGUCCAAAGACGCAGUGAGAGACGUGUGUGUCCAGAGUCACAGAGACCCGGGACGCCAGCUCCAUGAAACCACUGCAGCGACACUCAACAUCCCCACAGCCCAGGCCUCACAGCUCGUCCGCUCUCUCCACACUCUCUCUCAUCACGUCCUCUUCUACAACCUCAGCUCCCCAGAGCAGAUCCUCGCUCUCUUCCCCGAGUCGUUUCACCCCAGUCUGAAGAACCUGAUCACAAAGAUCCUGCUGGAGAACAGUCCAACAUGGAGGACGGAGGCUGCGGGUGAGCAGAUCUCUCUCCCUCAGCUGAAGGACCUGGACUGGCGGGUCCACAUGGUGACUGGUUCAGACUCACUCAGUCGAAUGUCGGUUCCGACCUGCCUGGUUCAGCUGAAGGUGGAGGAUCCGUGUCCAUCAGCAGGCAGUGAGUCGGUCUCUACAGUGACGGUGGAGCUCAGCAGGGAGUCUCUGGACACCAUACUGGACGGACUGGGACGCAUCAGAGACCAGCUGUCGGUGGUCGCUGCCAAAUAGACUCAAAGGACUGUUAUGAAUCAACGUGUCACUGACAGACUUUGUGGCAUUUCAGAUUAUCAUCUUCACGUUUGACCUUUGUUGUUUCCUCAGUUUUGUAAACUCGGUAAAUUCAUCAGUUUGCAGAUUUACAUAAAUGUUUGUUUUGAUUGAGAUAAAACUUGAUUCGUCUUC